CAGACAGCAAACCCAAUGUACGUUGUCAUGAAAACAAACCGCAUAAGAAGGCCAGCUGCCAUGUACAUCACAAGAGAAAUUAUGACAUCAUGAAGAUUUGAAAGUCUAUAGAAUCAUCAAAACCGAUAGAACAGUUUGAAAAUCAAUAUGACAUGGAUUUUUUUUUAAAGAGUAGCAACCUCAGGCAUGCUGGUUAAAAAAACAAACAAGGAAUUCUAUUAUGUUCCUCUAUAUUAAACAUGGGGACAAUGAGACAUUUCUUGCGAGCACCAACUGCCGUGUGGUUGUCCUUCUCCAGUACAUGAGAUCCAAGCUUGGCCUUCCAGAGUCAGAGCUAGUGGAUCUGUGUGAUGACAAAGGCUCUCUGAAGCUGAUGUUUCAGUCCCACCUGUCACAAGAGUAUUGCAGUCAACUACUUGCCUCCAGAUGCACCUUUACUGUCUGCGUUAUCAACAGAAAUCCAACGGAUGGUGCCUAUGUUUCCAUCACUCCCUCAGUGACCAAUCCAGAUCCUGCCCUUCUCGAGACACUGCAGACUCAGACUGAAAGUCUGGAGAGGGCUCGUCUUCGACACCUCCGUUCUCAAGAGGACCGCAGAUCAACAGAGAUGCCUACUCAGGCCCAGCCCACACAGCCAGCUAAAGGUCGAGGCCGAGCAGUACAUGUAGAAGCCCCUGAUGAGGAACCCCAACGCCGUCCCGCAGGGAAGAGGGGCAGGAACUGAAAAAUGAAAACAUCAAAUUCAAUUAUAUGCACAUAAAGGAGACUCAACUGAAACUUGAGUAGACAUUGGGGUUUUCUAGCAAUAUAUCUUGUGAUUUCUUCACAUGAAAUUAUAGUGUUUGUGUGGGGUCAUUAGUGUAAUUUAUUUACAAUGAUAUGUGGCAGGAUGUAGGUCUAUCAAUAACAUUUGCAUAGGAUUCCAACAGACUAGUUUUACACCCACAACAGCAAUGCCUGCGGUAUAAUUUAUUUUUAUGACAGAUAAGACAGAUAAGAAGUAGGCUAAAUUAAGUUGCUGUACCAAAACUUGCCACAAGGAGAAAAAUGUAAUUCUCUUUUCUUGAGCCAUCUUAGUUUGCCAGAUAUUUGUACAUGCAUAUCAGAAGAUACUGACACUGCAUGACCCAUCCUACCCUGCACACAAAAAAGGACCCUGAUAUUACGUAUUUACCAGAAAUAGGUUAAAUCGUCUUUAAAGUUGAAGAUAUAUAAUUGAAUGAUUGGGUUGUAAGCUAAGCUAGCCUUAGUUAUGCAUAAGUACAACAACAUAAUUACAAUUCCAACAACAAAGAAAGCAUUGUUUGAUUCAAAUAGCCUAACACAACUAAAUAAACAAAAAUAGCUAGAUAUUUUCGAUAAUGUAAAAAGAUUUGGGUAGCCAUAGUCUUUUAAAAACCGAAAAUAAUAAAUAGUGAUCUGUGCCCAAGUCUCAGCCUGUUUAUUAAUACUUGCUAAUUCCGUUGUUUCCCUAUACAUACCUACUCUGUUUUGGAUUUAGAAUAGCCAUGUCUCCCUUUUAAUAAAAGUGAUAUUGCAUUAUUCCAAUGCUGCUGCCACUGCCACUGAUUUCCACAAACUCUCGACACUCGUAGCUAUUUAAAUAUGGUUUUGUUAUUCUAAAAACGACUACACAUUAAUUUACAUGUUGGCUAUGUAAUAGUAGCCUGGCUCUGCCCUCUUACGUACUUCCGCUCAAUUUUGAUUUAGCUUCUAUACUAGGUCUGGCCAUUAGGUAAGUAAGUCAGAUGUGUCCGGUUAAUUUUCUACCGGCCAAUCAGCGAACAGAGGGAGUGGCUGUCAUGCGCUAGUUUGUGUUGUAGUUCCAUAAUGGCGGCGGAGAAAGAUGCGAGCGAAGCCAUUCGUUCCGUUGUGGCAACGCUGCCGAAUAUCCAUAAACUAAAGCCAGAGCAAGAACAAGUUUUGCUGAGUUUUGUUGGUGGCCAUGAUUGUGGCCCUCCUCCCCACGGGGUUCGGGAACAUUUUGAUUUUCCAGCUACGGCAGCUAGCUCUGUUACAGUAGUGGUGAAGGAAUUGGCUAAGGCGAACGAUAGCGAUUGGUUAUGGCAGAUCAGAGUGGCUCUGGGCAGAUCCAAUAGUUUUAAACUUCAACAGAGUACCCGCCUACAAGGAAGUCAACACUUGUCAAUGGAGCCAGGCCAGACUCUCUGUACAAAUGAAAUGUACAAGAGUCUGGUUAGGACCAGGCUAAUGUAAUAGUAGGCCUAAGUAAUAACGUAUACAAGUGUGGUAUUAUAGGUAGGGGUUAAGUAGCUACAUUAUGUACGUUCAUUUGCGGUAACGCAAAGGGUCCUUUACUUCCGGUUAAGAAGAUCGUGCAGGGUAUGAUGGAUCGUACAGUCACAGAUAUGUUUGUUGAUACGCUUGAUUUAAAGGCAGUAAAUACAUAAUUUUCGAACGAGAGUUGUUUAGCGCUCCCUUCUUAAUUUUUUACUUUCAGUGGAGAAUAGUUUUAAGAUGGUCCCUUGACGUAAGUGACGAAUUAUGUCAUUUACGACUUCAGUGAUUGGUGGGUAUGAAUACCUGUUUGUUACCAAGCGUCAACCUGUUGGAAAAUUGUAUGAAAUGAGUUUGGAUGGAUAAUUCUUUUAAAGGUGCAUGUAGUGUGUGAACCCCAAGGUUUUAUCCCUGCUAACUGUCAGGAGUUGAUGAGCUGUACUUGUAAUUGUCUAGUUUUGCUUUAGUGAAAUAAUAUUGAAAAGGCCCAAAACAUUGUUAGAAUAUGAAACAAGACUGUACAUACAGAAGCAAAGGUUAUAGCAAAAUACACCAUAUGCGGUGGGUGGAAUACCGUUACACAGGAAAUAGUGGGCGAACAGGCGGUUUGCUUCAAAUGUCAUUUUAAUUUGGCAUAUUUUAUGUUCAAUUAAAUGUAUAAUGGCAGCUUGAUGUCAUAUGCCACACACUAUUCAUUCUGUAUUCUUCAGAGUUGAAGUCUUAAACUGAAAUAAUCUGAUAGAGCAUUUCUGGCUCUGCAAAGGGAUUUGAAAUAGGCUACUGGUGGUUGUGGUUUCCCUGCCAUUCAGUAAACAGCAACUAGGGCUUGAUCGGUAAAGCGUAGCUAACUUCCCUCUUGAGAAUCGCCGAUUUGUUUCUUCAGCGUAUUUCUGUAGAAGGCCCAGUGUUUUAUGAGGAAUGAGUCUGGACUUCACCACAGUUGCUUUUGUUUCGUAUGCCUUUUCUUUUAAUAUGCCCUUUUGUAAACCAACAUUCUCAGAAGUGGCUCCAAGUGUUUUUCCCCUAAACUCCAGAGAGGGAAUUUCAGUUGGAUAACAGUCUAAAUGUCCUUAGAGGUUCUUCAAAUGACCAUGCUUUUUAUAUUUUUCAUCAGUUGUCUUACAACAAUAAAAUUCCUGUCUUUCAAGACAGUUGCUUGAAAUGACUGUGAAUUGUUCUUGACACACUUUCUGACGUCAUAGAAGAGCCUACUUCCGAAUGUGAAAACAAUUUGUAUACAAUUAAGGAAGUCUGUAAAGCAGCUGUCUGAAUCACGCAGACAUGAUCUUGAAAGAAGGACAUUUCUUAUCUUAGGAAACUCUGAUUGACGCUUGAUUAACCCAGUGUCAAGACAUCUGUAGUUAUUGUGUUGAUCUUUGUACUUCUGUGAAUAUCAGUCAGAAUCUUAACUA